UUUAGACGAUCUUUGCCCUGGUUGCUAUAGCUGUUCGUCGUGUCAGUUUGUUGUGUUUUUGCGAAGAUGUCAGUUACAACAAUGAUCAAAACUCGUCUUCUGGGGCUGAAAAAUGUCUUCGGACGAGGACAGAUGCUGUCUGCGGCUGCUGCGAGACUACAGCACAGCCAGGCCGAAGAGCUCCUGUCAAACCGUCCAGAGACCUCCAGCGCCAAGACCCUGAUGGACAUCGGGACUCGGCGGAUCUUCAACGAGGACCAUGAUCUCUUCAGACAAAACGUCCGGCGCUUCUUCCAAGAGGAAGUGGUUCCACAUCACAAGGAGUGGGAGAAGGCAGGUCAGGUAAGCCGGGAGGUGUGGGAGAAGGCUGGUGAGCAAGGCCUGCUGGGAGUAAUGAUACCAGAGGAGCACGGUGGCAUCGGAGGAGAUCUGUGUUCUGCGGCUGUCACGUGGGAGGAGCAAAUGUACUCCAACUGCUCAGGUCCGGGUUUCGCACUGCACUCCGACAUUGUCAUGCCCUACAUCGUCAACUAUGGUAGCAAGGGGCAGAUUGAACACUUCAUCCCCAACAUGACUGCUGGGAAAUGCAUCGGUGCUAUUGCUAUGACCGAGCCAGGAGCGGGCAGCGAUCUUCAAGGUGUGAGGACGUACGCCAAGAAGGACGGCAGCGACUGGAUCCUCAACGGCAACAAGGUGUUUAUCACAAACGGUUGGAUGGCUGACGUGGUGGUGGUAGUGACCGUGACCGACCGCGAUGCGAAGACAGCAGCACAUGGCAUCAGUCUGUUCCUGGUGGAGGAGGGCAUGAAGGGCUUCCAGAAAGGACGCAAGCUGGAGAAGAUUGGCCUGAAGGCCCAGGACACAGCUGAGCUGUUUUUUGAGGAUGUGCGUCUCCCAGCUGACGCCCUUUUGGGUGAACUCAACAAGGGUUUCUACUACCUGAUGAAAGAACUGCCUCAGGAGCGUCUGCUGAUUGCCGACAUGGCCAUCUCGAGCUGUGAGUUCAUGUUUGAGGAAACCAGGAACUACGUGUUGCAGAGGAAGGCUUUCGGCAAGACGAUCGCUCACCUACAGACUGUUCAGCACAAGCUGGCAGAGCUGAAAACUGAUAUCUGUGUGGGCCGAGCCUUUGUUGACAACUGCCUACAGCUCCACGCUCAGAAACGCCUGGAUCCCUCCACGGCCUCCAUGGCCAAGUUUUGGGCGUCUGACCUCCAGAACAAAGUGGCCACUCAGUGCCUGCAGCUCCAUGGAGGCUGGGGCUACAUGUGGGAAUACCCCAUCGCAAAGGCGUUUGUGGACUCCCGUAUCCAGCCCAUCUAUGGGGGCACCAAUGAGAUCAUGAAAGAGCUCAUCGCCCGCACCAUUGUCAGCCAGAAGUGAGAAAUUGUUGAUGUUUUCUGGUGGAGGAGCACUGGGGGAAAGCGGGGGUGGUUUGCACAGAUGUUUGUUUUUUUCAUGAGCAGCCGUAAAAAAAAGGUAUCACUGAAUGUAAUGUAAUCAUGCUUGAAGGUAAUACCUUCUUCCUCUGACAAAUGAAAAGUUACAUUUCAGGGCAGUAAAAUGCACUUCAACUCAAUUCAAUACAUCCAGGGGUUUCGCAGCUACAGCUGUGCCUGGUCUGGUAUGACCACUAGCUUAUUGUGGCUAGUGUUAACUAAUUUUAGCACACUUUCGAUGGAUAUUGCUAUAUAUAAAUCUUUUUUUUUGUCACUUGGUGAACACAGAAACAAGUUGCGAACACAACUUUGAAAUAUCAUCACCCUCCAAGUUAAACCUGUUAGCAAACGGUUGCUUGAUUCACACAUACAGUACGUGUUUCUGCCCACCUGAUGAAUGGGAGUUGAAUAUUCCCUCUCUUUUCCCUACCAACCCCUAAGAAAAAUAUGUGGCUCUUAAGCUGCUAAAUGCUCCGCUAUGAUCACCAACUAGUUGCAAACUCGUGAUCGUUUCGAUUCUGAGCAGGUCGGUAGAGGUACAGUCAUAUUUUUAUUUAGCACUUUAGCCCUUGAACAAUAAGCUGAAACUUUUUCCUCAAAGUUCCUCAACGCUGAUUGGAGCUGCAGAUUCAGGUGAUAGUUCUCUGUAUGUCCACUACAAGAGACCCUUUUUCAAUUUCACACUGUCUUUUAAUUCGUUUUUAUAAUAGAUAAAUCCUUUUAUAGCAAAUUUAAGGUCGGAAAAUUUUGAAAAAUGACGAGAAUGUCCAGGCUGUCUUUUCUUUAUUGGUGAUGCAGCAGCUUGAUGGAGUGAGCUCAACCAUUUCUCAACAUAAGGCUUCAUUAACCUUUAUCGUGUGUUUGAAUGUGAGUUACGUUUAAACAACUUUGCUAAAAUUAUGACUUAUUUUUACGUCUGUUUCUGCCCACUUACUGUAGUUAUAGUUGUACAUAUUUUACAUAAAAAAAAAAUAUUAGAUUCCAGCUAAAAUGCAUAUUUUUGUAAACGAACCCGUCCUAUGAGUUGCUUGUGUGUUCAGGAUGUAGUGACUGAAGAGAUUAUCGCUGAUUGAUUUCUCAUCUUCUUACCUUUUUGUCAACACUGAAAGUGUCUUCACACUGUGACUGUUCAUUUAAUGAAAUAAACUUGCAGGAUGUUUUCCUGGCCAAUGACGUUCAGAACUGAAAGAAAAUAAAAUGACAUGAAGCUCCAUCUCUCAUGGAACUUCAUGUUUGCUUUGCACCUC